AUGCAACAAAGAUUACGGUCGAUGAAGCGCCCUCUGCUCCUCGCAGCUGCGGCCACCACAACUGUCGCUGUCGGAGGCGGUUACUACGCCACCCGCAACAAGACUCACGUCGUCGACAAGCCUCUCGUCCCUCUCAAGCGCGACUCAACAGGACGCAUCGUUCCUCCCACAUUCAGCGCAACAAAAGCCCGCGCCGAAGCCCUCGCUGAGCUGCGUCGCAGCGGCCAGCCCGAUAAGGAUACAGAGUACGAUCUCCUCGUCAUCGGCGGUGGUGCUACAGGAACUGGUAUUGCUCUCGACGCAAUUACUCGCGGCCUCAAGGUCGCCCUCGUCGAGCGCGAUGACUUCUCCUCCGGUACAAGCUCCAAGAGCACAAAGCUCGUCCACGGUGGCGUUCGAUAUCUAGAAAAGGCUGUCUGGAACCUUGACUACGGUCAAUUGCAGCUCGUCAUGGAGGCUCUCCGCGAGCGCAAGACUUUCCUCAACAUUGCUCCCCAUCUGUCUAGCUCGCUGCCCAUUCUUCUGCCUCUCCAGAAGUGGUGGGAGGCGCCUUACUUCUGGGCUGGCACCAAGGCUUACGAUCUUCUCGCUGGCUCCCAGGGUCUUGAGAGCUCUUACUACAUGAGCAAGAACAAGGCUCUCGAGGCUUUCCCCAAGCUUCGCAAGGAGAACAUGGUUGGUGCUCUCGUCUACUACGAUGGUCAGCACAACGACUCUCGCAUGAACGUCGCUCUCGCCAUGACUGCUGCGCACUACGGCGGUACCGUCCUCAACCACGUUGAGGUCACCGGUCUCGAGAAGGAUGCCAGUGGCAAGAUCAACGGCGCUACAGUCCGCGAUGUCCUUGCUUCCAAGAAUGGCGACUCUGCCAACGCUGAGCCCUUCAAGGUCCGCGCUAAGGGUGUUGUCAAUGCUACAGGUCCCUUCACCGAUGCCAUUCACCAAAUGGACGAUCCCUCUCGCAAGCCCAUCGUCGCUCCCGCUUCCGGUGUGCACGUCAUGCUUCCCAAGGACAUCUGCCCCAACGGUAUCGGUCUUCUCGACGCUGCCACCUCUGACGGCCGUGUCAUCUUCGUCCUUCCCUGGCAAGGAUUCACCCUCGCCGGUACCACCGACAACCAGUGCGAGGUUGAGCGCGCUCCUGUUGCUCAGCAGAACGAUGUUGACUUCAUUCUCCGUGAGGCCAGCAAGCUUCUGAACCCCGACUCUGCUCUUUCCCGCAAGGAUGUCCAGGCUGCCUGGUCUGGCAUCCGACCUCUCGUCAAGAACCCCAACGCCAAGAACACCGAGUCGCUCGUCCGAAACCACCUCAUCACCACCUCUCCCUCCGGCCUCCUCACCUGCGCCGGUGGCAAGUGGACUACAUACCGUGAGAUGGCCGAGGACACUGUCAACGAGGCCAUCAAGCUCUUCGACCUCAAGCCCCAGGCUGUCGCUCUCCCCGACAUCAGCGGUGCCAACGCUGCCGGCUUCACCACCUCCGGCGUCUGCUGCACCCGCAACAUUCCUCUCAUCGGCGCUCACGGAUACUCUACCUCUCUGGCCUCUCAAUUGAUGGAGAUGUACCCCAUCGACGCUGACGUCGCUGACCACCUCGCUCACAACUACGGUGAUCGCGCCUGGACUCUUCUCGCCCACAACCCCGCUCUCAACACCCGUCUCGUCUCUGGCCUUCCCUACCUCGAGGCUGAGGUCGCCCACGGUAUCCGCGCCGAGUCCGCCUGCACCGUCGCCGACAUCAUCGCCCGCCGCACCCGUCUCUCCUUCCUCGACUCCAAGAAGGCUCUCGAGGCUCUCCCCCGCGUCAUCGACAUCGCCUCCACCGAGCUUCAAUGGAGCAAGGCCCGCAAGGCCGAGGAGAAGGCCGACGCCAUCAAGUUCCUCGCCUCCAUGGGUCUCGAGCAACAGAGCAAUGCGCCCGUCCAGGAGUCCCAGGAGGAGCGCAUGCCUGCUCGUGCCAUUGACUACAGCCAACAGCGCCCCGCCCGCGUCGGUGGUCUCGACGUUGACGUGAACGGCCUCGGCAGCACUGGUUCUUACAGCAAAUCGCGCGACGAAUAA